AUCCGGGGCCUGCGGGAGCAUGGAGCGCUGCGGGGGGAGGGUUCCUCGAGUUCAUUUCAAAGCCUCCUGGCUAGCUGUAACUCUCGGUUGGUGUCUGCUGCUACCAGGAUCGAAGGUUUAUCUCUCUUGUCCUUGGUUGUUGAGGAAUCUCCUACAGAUGUAUUUCAGCAGCAUUGUAUCUCCUGGAUUCGCAGCGUCUUGCAGGUCAUACAGUCCCAGGAUCCUCCCAGGGUAAUCAGUUUGGCGGUUUUCGUGCUACGCUCUCUUCUCACACAUUCCUCUGCACUGCCAGAAUUAUCACGGGAAAUCUCCACCAAUCACGUUCCAGGAUUGCUUACGUCGCUGCUGGGCCUGAGACGCCAGUGUCUGAUGCCAGCUCUAGAAGGGAUCCGGUCCUGCAUGAUCACUUAUCCCCGAGCCUGUGGAGCCCUGCGGGGAAAGCUCACUGCCUUUUUCCUGAGUCUCUUGGAUGAAGAAAAUAUGCAGGUUCAGGAGCUGGCCUGCCAGUGCUUCUCCCUCCUGCCGUCCUUGGGCUCUGGCUUCUCACAGGGAGUUAAACACACAGAGAAUUGGGAACGGCAGAUGCAGAGCGUUCUAUGCUCGCUCCAUUCUGUGUUCCAGCAGCUCUAUCAAAAUGCUGAGACC